UCCCCGUGUUUCUCGGAGGCAAAGCGGGAGGGAUUGACCCCCUCCCCCGAGCCUCUCAGUCCCCCUACUACGUCGCCUCCAUAGCCUGCGAAGGAGCGGGGACCGCGCGCAUCGCAGCGCAUCGCCUCACAGCGGAACGCCGCGCACUCGGAGCCGGCACGGCUCGGCGGGUUUUGGUUUUUGCACUGAAUGUAGUCUAGACUCGUCCUCACGGGCUUGUGUUGCCCCAGGAUACUGUCAAAGGCAGUAUUUGUGUGUUUCUGCAGAGUUUUGCACAGAGUCUGUUCCCAUGCAGACCAAUGAGGGAGAAGUAUCGGAAGAAAGCAGUUCCAAGGUGGAACAGGAGGAUUUUGUAAUGGAAGGGCAUGGCAAGACUCCACCCCCUGGUGAAGAAAGCAAACAAGAGAAGGAGCAAGAAAGGGAAGAACAGUUAAUGGAAGACAAGAAAAGGAAGAAAGAGGAUAAAAAGAAAAAAGAAGCCACUCAGAAGGUCACGGAACAAAAAACCAAAGUGCCCGAAGUGACGAAACCAAGUUUAAGCCAACCAACGGCCGCCAGCCCAAUUGGCAGCUCUCCAUCGCCACCAGUCAAUGGUGGCAACAAUGCCAAAAGGGUGGCAGUGCCGAACGGACAACCGCCAAGCGCCGCCCGCUACAUGCCUCGGGAGGUGCCGCCGCGAUUCCGUUGCCAGCAGGACCACAAAGUGUUACUAAAACGUGGGCAGCCCCCUCCACCGUCCUGCAUGCUCCUCGGGGGCGGGGCAGGGCCUCCUCCCUCCACGGCGCCCGGAGCAAACCCCAACAACGCACAAGUGACAGGAGCGCUGCUGCAGAGCGAGGGUGGGGCCGCACCAGAGUCAACCCUUGGAGGUGCUGCUGCUUCAAAUUAUGCAAAUUCCACUUGGGGCCCGGGAGCCUCCUCCAACAGCGGCGCCUCCCCCAACCCCAUUCACAUCUGGGACAAGGUGAUUGUAGACGGGUCUGACAUGGAAGAGUGGCCUUGCAUUGCCAGCAAAGACACUGAGUCUUCUUCCGAAAACACCACCGAUAACAACAGUGCCUCGAACCCUGGCUCUGAGAAGAGCACUCUGCCAGGAAGCACCACUAGUAACAAAGGAAAAGGGAGCCAGUGCCAGUCUGCAAGUUCCGGGAACGAAUGUAACCUUGGGGUCUGGAAAUCUGACCCUAAGGCUAAAUCUGUUCAAUCUUCCAAUUCUACUACGGAGAGCAACAAUGGACUAGGAAACUGGAGGAAUGUGAGUGGUCAGGAGAGAAUUGGACCUGGCUCUGGCUUCAGCAACUUUAACCCAAAUAGCAACCCAUCUGCCUGGCCAGCACUGGUCCAAGAAGGAAAUUCUAGGAAAGGGGCAUUGGAAACGGAGACUAGUAAUUCCAGUGCACAGGUUAGCACAGUAGGUCAGGCAUCCAGGGAACAGCAGUCAAAGAUGGAAAAUGCGGGUGUUAAUUUUGUUGUCUCUGGCAGAGAGCAGGCUCAAAUUCAUAACACUGAUGGACCAAAAAAUGGAAACACUAACUCCUUGAACUCAAGUUCACCAAACCCCAUGGAGAAUAAGGGAAUGCCCUUUGGGAUGGGCUUGGGGAACGCCUCCAGGAGCACUGAUGCCCCUUCACAAAGCACUGGAGAUCGAAAGACUGGGAGUGUUGGAUCUUGGGGUGCAGCUAGGGGGCCUUCUGGAACUGACACAGCCUCUGGACAAAGCAAUUCUGGAAACAAUGGGAACAAUGGAAAGGAGAGAGAGGACUCCUGGAAGGGAGCUCCUGUUCAGAAAUCAACCGGGUCAAAAAGUGACUCUUGGGACAACAAUAACAGGUCUACGGGUGGGUCCUGGAACUUUGGCCCUCAGGACUCUAAUGACAACAAAUGGGGUGAAGGGAACAAAAUGACAUCCGGGGUCUCUCAGGGAGAAUGGAAACAGCCGACUGGGUCUGAUGAGUUGAAAAUUGGAGAAUGGAGUGGUCCAAACCAACCAAAUUCUAGCACUGGAGCAUGGGACAAUCAGAAGGGCCACCCCCUCCCUGAAAACCAAGGCAAUGCCCAGGCUCCCUGUUGGGGAAGAUCUUCCAGCUCCACGGGAAGUGAAGUUGGAGGUCAAAGCACUGGAAGCAACCACAAAGCAGGAAGUAGUGACAGUCAUAAUUCUGGCCGUCGGUCGUACCGGCCCACACAUCCUGAUUGUCAGGCUGUCUUGCAGACUCUUUUGAGCCGAACUGAUUUGGACCCCAGGGUGCUCUCAAACACUGGCUGGGGCCAAACUCAAAUUAAGCAAGACACGGUGUGGGACAUUGAAGAGGUGCCAAGGCCCGAGGGGAAGUCUGACAAAGGGACUGAGGGGUGGGAGAGCGCUGCCACACAGACCAAGAGCUCAGGGGGCUGGGGAGACGCGCCCAGCCAAAGCAAUCAGAUGAAGUCUGGAUGGGGAGAGCUCUCAGCCUCUGCAGAGUGGAAAGACCCCAAGAACACAGGAGGCUGGAACGACUAUAAGAACAACAACUCUUCCAACUGGGGAGGGGGACGACCGGACGAGAAGACAUCUUCCUCUUGGAACGAGAACUCCAGCAAGGAUCAGGGGUGGGGAGGUGGACGCCAGCCCAACCAAGGAUGGACUUCUGGAAAGAAUGGUUGGGGAGAGGAGGUUGAUCAGGCAAAAACCAGCAAUUGGGAAAAUGCUGCAAGUAAACCUGUGUCCGGGUGGGGCGAAGGUGGGCAGAGUGAAAUUGGGACUUGGGGGAGCGGUGGGAACGCAAGCCUGGCUUCCAAAGGCGGGUGGGAAGAUUGCAAAAGGUCUCCGGCGUGGACGGAGACAGGCAGACAGCCCGGUUCCUGGAACAAACAGCACCAACAGCAGCAGCCGCCGCAGCAGCUACCACCACCACAACCCGAGGCCUCUGGCUCCUGGGGAGGCCCAGCCCCACCACCUCCAGGCAACGGACGACCUUCCAAUUCCAACUGGAGCAGCGGGCCGCAGCCAGUAACCCCCAAGGACGAGGAACCCAGCGGUUGGGAAGAGCCAUCCCCACAGUCGAUCAGUCGGAAGAUGGACAUUGACGAUGGCACUUCCGCAUGGGGAGACCCCAACAGUUACAACUACAAGAAUGUGAAUCUGUGGGAUAAGAAUUCCCAAGGGGGCCCAGCACCUCGAGAAGCAAACCUGCCUACCCCGAUGACCGGCAAAUCAGCAUCAGUCUGGAGCAAAAGCACACCAUCUGCUCCAGAUAAUGGUACUUCAGCGUGGGGUGAGCCAAACGAGAGCAGUCCUGGGUGGGGCGAGAUGGAUGAGACGGGAGCAUCGACAACAGGCUGGGGGACUGCACCCUCCAGUGCUCCAAAUGCCAUGAAACCUAAUUCCAAAUCUAUGCAAGAUGGCUGGGGGGAGAAUGAUGGGCCAGUGGCAGGAACUCGCCAUCCCAGCUGGGAAGAGGAGGAUGAUGGAGGAGUCUGGAACACUGCCGGCUCUCAGGGAAGCACUUCCUCCCACAACUCAGCAAGCUGGGGACAAGGAGGAAAGAAACAAAUGAAGUGCUCACUCAAAGGAGGAAACAGUGAUUCAUGGAUGAAUCCUCUUGCCAAACAGUUUUCAAAUAUGGGAUUGCUGAGUCAAACUGAAGAUAAUCCAAGUAGCAAAAUGGAUUUGUCUGUAGGGAGCCUUCCAGAUAAAAAAUUUGAUGUGGACAAGCGAGCAAUGAAUCUCGGGGAUUUUAAUGAUAUCAUGAGGAAGGAUCGAUCUGGGUUCCGUCCACCUAAUUCCAAAGACAUGGGAACCACAGAUAGUGGGCCUUAUUUUGAGAAGGGUGGCAAUCAUGGUUUGUUUGGAAAUAGCACAGCACAAUCGAGAGGCGUGCACACCCCCGUGCAGCCACUGAACUCUUCUCCUAAUCUCCGGGCGCAAGUGCCUCCCCAGUUCAUUUCCCCCCAGGUUUCUGCCUCAAUGCUUAAGCAGUUUCCCAACAGUGGCCUGAAUCCAGGUCUUUUCAACGUGGGGCCCCAGUUAUCUCCUCAACAAAUUGCCAUGCUGAGCCAGCUUCCACAGAUUCCCCAGUUUCAGUUGGCAUGUCAGCUUCUCCUGCAGCAGCAGCAACAGCAGCAGUUGUUACAAAACCAGAGGAAGCUUUCUCAAGCCGUUCGCCAGCAGCAGGAACAGCAGCUGGCUCGGAUGGUGAGUGCCCUCCAGCAGCAGCAGCAGCAACAGCAGCAGCAGCAGAGGCAGCCCAGCAUGAAGCAUUCGCCAUCUCAUCCCGUUGGGCCCAAGCCACAUCUGGACAACAUGGUACCCAACGCUCUGAAUGUGGGGCUCCCAGACCUUCAAACCAAAGGGCCAAUACCUGGAUAUGGUUCUGGCUUCAGCUCCGGAGGCAUGGACUACGGCAUGGUUGGUGGGAAGGAGGCUGGAACAGAGUCUCGCUUUAAACAGUGGACCUCCAUGAUGGAGGUGCCCUCUGUAGCCACACAGGAAGCCAAUAUGCACAAAAAUGUCGCUAUUGUGGCCCCUGGUAAGACCCGAGGAGGGUCACCAUACAACCAGUUUGACAUCAUCCCAGGGGACACACUGGGUGGCCAUACGGGUCCUGCUGGUGAUAGCUGGUUACCUGCCAAAUCUCCACCAACAAAUAAAAUCGGAAGUAAAUCUAGCAAUGCCAGUUGGCCUCCAGAAUUCCAACCAGGAGUGCCAUGGAAAGGUAUCCAAAACAUUGACCCUGAAUCUGACCCCUAUGUCACUCCAGGAAGUGUGCUGGGGGGUACAGCCACAUCUCCCAUUGUAGAUACUGACCACCAACUUCUGCGGGAUAACACCACAGGGUCUAAUUCUUCCCUCAACACCUCGCUGCCUUCACCUGGUGCCUGGCCCUACAGUGCCUCUGACAACUCCUUUACCAACGUUCAUAGCACUUCAGCAAAGUUUCCUGAUUACAAAUCAACAUGGUCCCCAGAUCCCAUAGGACACAACCCCACUCAUCUCUCCAACAAGAUGUGGAAAAACCAUAUUUCCUCAAGGAACACUACACCGCUGCCCCGCCCGCCUCCCGGUCUGACCAACCCCAAACCAUCAUCUCCCUGGAGCAGCACAGCACCCCGCUCAGUCAGGGGGUGGGGGACACAGGACUCACGGCUCGCCUCCGCCUCUACCUGGAGUGAUGGUGGUUCAGUUCGUCCUAGUUACUGGCUGGUUCUUCACAAUCUCACUCCACAGAUUGAUGGGUCAACCUUGAGAACCAUCUGCAUGCAGCAUGGCCCACUGCUGACAUUCCAUCUGAACCUAACCCAGGGCACUGCCCUGAUCCGAUACAGCACCAAACAGGAGGCGGCCAAGGCCCAGACUGCACUGCACAUGUGUGUGUUGGGAAACACUACCAUCCUGGCUGAGUUUGCCACUGAUGACGAAGUCAGCCGCUUUCUGGCACAAGCUCAGCCCCCUACACCUGCAGCAACCCCGAGUGCGCCCGCCGCGGGCUGGCAGUCCCUGGAGACUGGCCAGACGCAGUCAGAUCCCGUCGGACCUGCUCUGAAUCUUUUCGGUGGGUCCACAGGGCUCGGGCAGUGGAGCAGCAGUGCUGGUGGCAGCAGCGGGGCCGAUCUUGCCGGCGCUUCGUUGUGGGGCCCCCCCAACUACUCUUCUAGCUUGUGGGGAGUCCCGACCGUGGAAGACCCUCAUAGGAUGGGCAGCCCUGCUCCUUUACUACCUGGUGACCUUCUGGGAGGAGGGUCGGAUUCAAUCUGAACUUAGAACUUUCAACUCUGACCUCGUGACCUUUUUUGGAACAGCAGCAGCACUAACUUGACCUUUUCGUUUUUUUU